UUCGUUCAGUAUUUUUACAAUUUUCCAUUCGUGAAGAUGUACAUAUUUACUGGGUUGAAUUUCCCGCGAAAAAAAUCGACGUAAGUAUUAAACGAAAGGCAUAAAUUUAGCAAAAAUGCUCCGCAGUUGUGUUGCGGUUACGGUCGCGAUGAUUAUUCACGAAGGCCGAAGCAACAAGUUGUCGUCGCCUUUAGAUUUAUCGCAUCCUCUAAAUAAUGACACGCAGUACUGGAUACCCGAGGAGAAAUUCUACAUAACGAAUCGAGUAGUCGUGGAAAACUCGCCGACUCCUUUUUAUGCUGCUAAUUCGUUUGUCGGACAUGAACAUUGUGGUACUCAUUUAGAUGCUCCUUAUCACUACUGUAAAACUGGCUGGAAAGUCGACGAAAUUCCAUUGCAACGUUUAAUAAGUCCAGGCCUUUACAUCGAUGUCAGCGAUAAAGUAAAUCAUUGCAAUUUCGUGUUAACUCCGCAACAUCUGGAUACUUGGGCUUCAUCUCACGGACAUAUUCCUAAAGGAGCCAUUUUACUCAUAAAUUUUGGCUGGUGGACUCGUUACGAUGAUAGAUUGGAUUAUUUUGGCAACCUCACCAUGCCUUACUGUUUUCCUGGUAUUUCACUCGCAGCAGCAGAUUGGAUAGUGAAAUUUGGAGGCAUAUAUGGAGUGGGUUUGGAUACACCAUCUCUAGAUCCAGGAAAUUCUUAUGAUUUUCCAGUCCACGAUACAUUGCUUAAAAAUAACAUAUUUGGUAUAGAGAAUGUUAAUUUUAAUGGAACUCAGUUGAAGAACGCCAGGUUCAACGUUAUAGCUAUGCCUAUGAAAAUAACUGGUGGAAGUGGGGCACCUUGUAGGCUGGUUGUUAUUCAGUCAGAAUUAUAGUACUUUGAUUUUAAAAUGGCUCACUUGGGCGUGAAUGCUAUUUACAGUAUUACAUGUUUAAAUGUGGAGAGUUUUAUUCACAUUGAUUGGAAAAAUAUCAGUUGAAGAAAAAAUUACUUCCUACUUAUCAGUUGAACUGAAAUAACGAUCCGACUCUGACACUUCCUGCACUUUUGAUGAAUUAUGUAAGUUUUUUGCUUUCAACGUCACCAUUUUCAAAACCAACAACCGCUAUACCUAUGUACAUACCAGAAACAUUAAUUAAAAUUGUAUACAUGAAAUACUCCUUCCAGGUGUAUGUUGAAAGUCGAGGAAAAAGGAUAAACAAUUACUACUCGGUUUUGAUGAAAAGAUAUAAAUUCACGAAAACUGCCCAACCACAACACCGAUGGUUUUUUGGCCAUGAUUAUUCGCGACUAAACGACGGCGAAAAAGCUAAACCACGGGGUGUCUUUGCCUCUAGAUUUAUUGCAUCCUUUAAAUAAUUACACGCAGCACAGUGGUCACCCAAGGAGCAAACUUCACCUUCCAAAUCAAAUUAUCGUUGACAAUUCGCUUUCUUUCUAAGUUGCUAAUUCGUUUGUUGGACGUGAACGCCGCGGGAUGUAUUUGCAGGUGUUCUAUCAUCGUUGUAAAAGUGACUUGAAAGUUGCUGAUGAGAUUUUCGAAGGGUACAGAGAAAUUUUUUCACUUUUGAUUGGAAAUCAUAACUAUGCUACGUACAUUCUGCUUGGAAGUUGUUUUUUUUUGCAAGAAAAUUCUUAAUCUGA